GCAGGGAGCAGGGAGGUGGUGGAUGGAGGCACACACUGGUGCCCGGCUGGAGGAAUGUCAUGGCUUCACUUGUGAUUGGCUGGGGAAUGGAGGAGUCAGUUUUCACGGGGGCUGAUCAAAAAGUUCCCUUUUGCUUUCCCAAGUUGCUGUCUGAGCGGAGGCAUGGGGAAGAGGAGCCCAGUCGCGCUAACAUUCCCCGGGAACGCUGCUUAAAUGAAAUGAGGAGGUUUCUCCGUCCAAGGAUACACAGCCAAGAGCAGACGCCGGGAAGCUGUUUUCCUUCUUUUCUCCCCCAACUCCUGCAGGAGUUGAGCAGCUCUCCUUCCUGGCAUGCGUCUCAUCUCUCAGGAUACUAUGUCACAGUAUUCUACUAACUUUCUCUUGCUCCCCAUACCCGAGUAUCCCGUGUUAGACUGCGUGCCCAACAAAAUCAUCAAGCUCGUGGUGCUGGGCGGCAGUAGCGUGGGCAAGACAGCCCUGGUUGUGCGCUUUCUCACAAAGAGAUUUAUUGGAGACUAUGAGGCCAACACUGGUGCUUUGUAUUCAAGAAAGUUCACCAUAGAUGGGGAACAGAUCUCUCUACAGGUGCAGGAUACUCCCUUUGUUUCAUUGGAGGAUGACACUGACAGCAUAUGUUGCCAAGAGCAGAUAAACCGAUCGAUCUACUGGGCAGAUGGCUUCGUUUUUGUUUACUCCAUCACAGACUAUGAGAGCUACCGAGUGAUCCGUCCCCUGCACCAGCACAUCCGCAAGAUCCACCCGAAUGCCAACAUCCCCCUGCUCCUGAUGGCGAACAAAGGAGACCUCCUGCGAGCCAGGCAGGUGUCCUCCAAAGAAGGGCUCCAGCUGGCCAGUGAACUGGGAGGUAGUUACUAUGAAGUCUCAGCCCGGGAGAACUGUGAGGGAGUGCAUGAAGCCUUCCAGCAGCUCUGCCAGGAGGUCAGCAGGAUGAUUGGGAGCUGCAAUGGAGAGAAGAGAAGAGGCCUCCACCUUGUACGACCCAAGUCACCAAAUAUGCAGGACUUGAAGAGGCGUUUGAAACAGGCUCUGACUUCCAAAGGGAAAUCUGCCACUACGCUUUGAUGUAGCCAACAGGAAUCGUUUUCUACAGCCCUGAAAAAGAAAAGGCAAGAAAAUAAGCUGGUAAUAAGGGGCAUUGCUGUAAUUCACCAGUCAGGUUGUGUGAGGGGCUCUUCCAGUUUGUCUUUGCAUCUUCUGUACAAACCCUGCACACAUUCAGCAAAGGAACUUACAGAGUUGGCUCUUUCGGGCAAGAAUUUAGAAACUGUGAUUUAAAAACCAGAUUGUCCCAAAUGAUUUCCUUUUUGAAAGGGACAUAUUUGAAUAGUUUAGGUUUCAAAUGUGGAUUUUAUUAAUAGGAAUAAUUAAAUCCUACUCUUAAGAGAAGUGACUUCGCUGGGGGCUGGUUGUAUUCCCAAACAUAGGCAAGAAGCUACAGCAAGACAUGAGGAGAGUGACGUGAGCUACACUGAGCAAGCAAAAUUGAUUAGAUUUGCUUAGUCAUGAGACUGGAAAAUAAAGGCAAACAGUAAAUGAAGAGCAUAAAUAGAGAAAAGUAGUAAUUGAAAGCUUUUAAAUUGCAGUUUAGAAGGUGUUCUUAGCAAGGUGGGGAGAGGUUUGUGCAGAUGCGAGCUUUCAGCCUCAUAAUGUCUCUUUAAAGGGAGAUGUUUAAAAAUCACUAUAUUUGUCAGAUUAUUUUUCUUUAAGCACACAUUGACUGUUUCUGAAAGGGAUUAUAUGGGCAAAAUACCUACUUAUAGCAGCAUUUUGUAGUCAGUUUCUCAGUGUUGUACUUAUUUUUCUGUAGGUUUCCUACAUGGCAACCAGAGAGGGACAAACUGAGCAGGAUGGUUUAACACCUGCAAAAAAUGGACUGUAUUAACCAAGAGCAAGGAGGUGACCUAAAACUAUUGAACUUUUUCUUUCCAAACUAGGUAGUUUUCAAGUUCAAGGUGCUGUUCGAAAGAGACAAAACCUUCACAUAAAGUAUAUUUAAUUCAUUAGAUUCUUCUCUCUUUUAAAAGAAAAGAAGAAAAAGUUUUAUGAUGCCUGAAAUCUCUGGCUUCAAGAAUUCAUCAUUUUGUUACUUGCCUUCAGACCAGACUUUACUCAAUACCUCGCAGUGUAUCCAAAUAACUGGUCUAUUCAUACAUACUUCACUGGCAGCAUCUCAUUGCAUUGUGUCUCAGCAUGUACAAAGGGAUUUGAAGCUGCAUCCUGUGAGCUGGCUGGUUUUAUGGUAGCAAUAACAACAACAUGAAGCAUUCUGUUCUUGAUGAGAGUGGAAAGCAACUGGGUUGGACCAUGUGAAACUCAUGAUGCAACCACCUUUGCUUUAAACAGACCGUAUGAGCAAUUCACAGGCCCAUGAAAUGAAGUAAAGCUCCAUGAUUUACACUCAGGAACAGAGGGAAAACCCUCGUCUGAUGGAUACAGAAAGAUCCUCCCAGCUGCAGUUGCAGCUGGCAAUACUGAGCUAAAUCAACCUUUUACUCAUUAUGAGCAGUGAAAAUGUAAAUUGAGUCUGAUGAGUAUUUACACAGCUCAGGGCUUGAAAAUGGGUUUUACAUUUUUUCUUGCCCCUAUAUUAGAAAGCUCUCAUCAUGCUUUCCCUUAUCACCUGGAUUUGCUCUAUCUACAGCUCACUUUGUGGUUUAUUUAUUGUUUUCCACAGCUGGUCAGCUGGGAAUGGCUUGUGUUCUCAUUGAUUUAAACUGCUUUUCUUCACAUAAAAGAACUGCACCUUUUUUAGCAGUUAGUUUCAAUUGGUAGUAGGAGGGAAAAAGGAAAGUCAGAUCAUCCAAAGAGGGACUCGAACAUAUCAGAGGGUUUCUACUUUAGCUUUUGGCUAUUUAACAGUUUUAUGUUUAAGCAGUGCUAUUAUUCAGUGCAGGUACUUUGGGAUGGUGUUUAUUAGCACUGAAUUUCAAUAUUUUAAAUGACUAAUAGCAAAUAUUGAAUCUAAAGAUUGCCUAACAUGAAACAGAGCGGUUUGUGAGCCACACAUGAACUGCAAAUGGUUUACAUUGGAAAAAUGAUCCCGUAUUUUGAAGAGCAAUUAAAUGUUUUACCAUCCCACCCUGUGUAUCAAGGGCUAAAUUUGCUGUAGACAACUUGCUGACAACGUUUGUUUUCAUGAGAGCCAAAGACUAUUUGGUGCUCUGGCUGUUCGAUUUGGUUGUAACUUACUCUUGCAGCUCUAAUCCUUUCUUAUUUGGGCAAAAAAAGACCAACAGAUUUCCAACCUUUCAAUGUUUUAUUUUCAAUAGUGAUUAAUAAAAACAUGCAAAGUCUUCCCUGAGAGUA